AUGGACAUCGCCAAAGCUUUCGAAGACCAGCGCAUACCUACAAUUCAGGUUCUAGCCGAAAACGUCGCAAUGGAUAUAGAAACAUUUGCGCGCAGCCAGGUCGAGAAGCUCCGGGCUGGAGAGCAUGGAAAGACGCUUUAUGUUACCAACGACAAGCUUACAGAGAGGAUUAUCCAAACACUCGCUAUGAAGGCGGAGGGCAUGUUUCUCUGGGUUAAUCUUCAACUAGAUAGCCUCUGUCAAGCCAGCAAGGCUCGAAAGGACCGGAUAGUAGAAGACGCACUGGAUACUUUACCGCGGGGUUUGCCAGACACCUAUGUUCGCAUACUGGAGCGGAUCGAAGAACAGCCACUAUACAUGAGAGAUUUAGCACUGAAAUGCCUCGCCUGGAUGAUAUACGCCCGAAGGCCUCUCGGCACUGAUGAACUACAAUAUGCGCUUGCAGUAAGUGAGAGGUGCACAGAUCUACACGACCUGCAGUUUGAUUCCCCACAAGUAAUCCUUGAGGCUUGUGCGAACCUGCUGGAAGAAAGCAACGGAACGAUCCGGCCGAUCCACUACACUGUUCAGGAAUUCUUGACAACUACCGCUCAAGGGCUGUCGCAACAGGCCAUAAGAGCGCAGCUCCUACACUCGGAGUCUGUGCAUGCGCGAUUGAGCUUAGCGUGUCUGACGUAUAUGCAUCUAGUAGCAUUCAGCGAACCUGCGGAGCACGCCCUCGAUCUUGCAUACCGCCUUAGCGAUAAUACUUUCGCCGGCUAUUCAUAUCAAAACUUCGAUUACCACAUCUCCAGAUGCGAUGGAAUUCCUCCAAAUGUCAUGGGCCAGUUAGAAAAUCUUUUUCAACACGAGAGCUCAUACCUUGCAUCUGUCCUGCAGAUCAAGGUUCUGCGAGAUGGGCAUGACUAUGACACUGUGUUACAGUACUUUAAUCGCAUACAGUUCCCGGUAUCUGCUAGUACCAUGAUUUACAGUACUAGCCUCUACAAUAUUCCUAACAUAAGGGAACGAUGGCUGGGCUCAACAACUCCAAAAUAUGCUUUACAACUGGCAGCUACUACAGGACUAGCUAGUGCGAUCAUUCAACUGCUUGACGAAGGCCAUAACGUCAACGAGAAAGACGAGAGCGGCAGCACUUCGCUGUACCACGCGUGCUUCAAUAAUGAGCUCGAAAUCAUUAAGAUACUGAUCGAAAAGGGCGCAGACGUUAACACGCAGGGCGGAAGGUACGGCAACGCACUCCAGGCGGCUUCAUACAGAGGCUACGAGGCGGUUGUGAAGCUGCUGCUCGACAAGGGCGCCGACGUUAACGCG